CAUUGAUAAACGGGUAUUGAGUCGCCACUUUGCUAUCUCCGAAUCGCGACUGCUGUUCUUUCGGCCGGCACCGAAGAGCUUCCUCCCCCACCUGUCUGCCAGCAGUCGGAAAGAGUUCACUAUCCUUUAGAGAAUCAGUUUACUUCAUAAAACAAAGAAGCAGAUAUGGGCUUCUUCGCUGGGUUUUUCAGCGGAUUUGCCUUAACUACAACCGCCUUAUAUUUAACAGUUCAAGUACAUCGGUCUAUUCGCCUGGAACAACGUGAUGCUAUACGUCAACAGACUCAAGCUCUAAAUUGGUUAUCUUCACCUACAGGCGCCUACGAUCGCCGACUAGCCCCGAGAGAUAGCGCCCGACUAGAGAAGAAAACAACGGAGCCAGAACGGCCUACUAUGGAGGACUUGCUGAAGCAUCACUGGAACCAAGAAGUGGAAAAGCUGGCCAAAAAGGCAAACGAAAGUCGGUGGGAUGACAUGCGAGAAACGGCGCGGGAAGGAUGGAAGUCUGUGCUGAGGCUUGUAAAGAAGGAGUAG